CGGCAUAGUGUUAACCGUACCCAUAGGAACGUGAUAAAAGUAUAUAAAGCAGCCAAAAACAUGGAUUCUAACGAAAUGAAAAAAACUAUUUUUCUUAAGAAUAUAGAAAACGAUGAAAUUUACACUAUUUUAUUGACUGAAGAAGAAGCAAAAUGUUUAGGAGCAGAUAAGAGCAUAAGUGAAAUAAAUCAUGCAGAGUCUUUACAUAGUGACCAUAGUGACAAUAUUGGAGUUUUUAAAUGGCCUCAUAAAGCGAUUCUUUUAUUGAUCGAAGAAUAUAAUUUGCGACAAGAAGAUUUUAUCAAUGGAAAGAUGUCACACAAGAAGAUAUGGUCAUUAAUCGCAGAUAAAAUAAAAAAACAUGGAUAUAAUGUAACUGGACCACAAUGUUUGUCUAAGUUUACUGGUUUGAAACGAACUUAUAAUGGUAUUAAAGAAAGCAACAGAAAACCUAGAUCUAUAGUAUGGCCAUAUUUUUCUAAUAUGGAUGAAUUACUUCAUUCAAAAUCAUGUACAUCACCACUAAUAACAGUAUCAUCGAUUGAAAGAAAACGUAAAGCACAUUCUGAAUGCAGUACAUCUAGUCUAAGUACUUGUUUCGAAGACAAAAGGCUGAUUCAUAAAAAAUCUCGGCAAAUGUCUACUAUAGAAGAAUAUAUGGAAGAUCUUCGAAAUGGACGAAAGAUUUCGGAAGAAGCUAUUGAGAGGCGUCAUAAAGAAAACUUAGAAUUACAUCAUCGAUUACUUAAUUCAUUUGAGAAAAUGUUAGAUAUUUUAGAAAAAAAAUGAAACAUUAAAACAAUAUAAAAGUGUGAAAAUCACUUAUUUUGAUUCAUUACAUACUGAAUUACAAAGCUUCAAAACAUUUUGACUCAAAAUAAAGUAAUGACGGAGCUUUUGCAAUUUUUAUCAACAACUAAAGGAAACAAUAGCCAAAGCAGUGAGCAAAUCAAAGGUCUUGCUUUAAUUAAUAUUCUAUAUCAUAUUUAAUAUACAGAACAUUUCAAUCUUACUAACAAAGAAAGACUCACAUAUAUAUUUCAUGGAUUUUUGAUCAGCUUUUGCGUGUAUAUUUGUUGCUGGUCUUUAUAUUGUAAGUACUUACAUUUAAGAUAAAAUAAUGUACUAAAAUUGUAGUUGAAUAAUACUUGUCACUAGUCUUUAAAUUACAUCUACAUUUAAGAUAAAAUAACAUGUUGAGUAAUUGAAUAAUAAUUUUGUAAUUACUAUAUUUUGAUAUUCGUAAAAGUAUACAAGAAAAAGUA